AUGCUUAUCUGGGCCGCCUCACGCGUCUCGCACCCAACCGACGCGCCGGAGGGCCUCCGCCUCCUCGGCCUCGUCUGGUCCACGGCCCUCAUCGCCGCGGAGGGCAUCAACUGCUCGCACGAGCUUCUGCACCGCCGCUCGCGCCCGGAGCGAUUCCUUGCCCAUCUCCUGCUCGUCUCGGUCAUGUACGGUCAUUUCGUCAUCGAGCACGCCCGCGGACAUCACUUCACCGUCGCCACCCCGCACGACCCCGCCACCAUGCGCUUCGGCGAGAGCGUCUACCGCUUCCUCCCGCGCACCAUUCUCGGCGGCUACAAGUCCGCAUGGCGCCUCGAAGUUACCCGUCUCACACGCGAGCGCGCCCCGGUCUGGGGCCCGCACAACGCUAUGCUGCGCUACGCUGCUGGCCAGGCCGCCUUCGUAGUCGGUUUUUAUACCCUUUUUGGCAUCCCGGGCCUCCUGCUCUUCUUGUUUCAGGCCACCGUCGCUAUCAUAUUACUCGAACAGAUCAACGCCAUCGAGCACUAUGGCCUGGAGAGGAAGGCCGUCGCCGACGGAUACGAGCGAGUAGGCCCCAAGCAUAGCUGGGACGCCCCGCACCGCGUGUCCAGCUACCUCCUGUUCAAGCUGCAGGUCCACGCAGACCAUCAUUUGCACGCGUCAAGGAGAUACCAGACGCUCGAGCUCACAGAGGGGAGCCCUAUGCUGCCCGCGGGCUAUCUGACCCUAGCCCCGAUCCUGCUCGUGCCCCCGCUGUGGAGGGCCGUCAUGGACCCCGUCCUCCUUGCGUACCGCGAGCGCUGGCGCGCCGAGGAGAUCGCGCAGGCAAACGCCGCCAAGAAGGAGUGA